AGAACUGAAAUUGCUUUGCUUUCUUUACAAAUGACUCAGAGUGUGCUUGUCCUUCCCUAAAAUGUUGCCAGCGUGUGAAGGAUUUUCAAUGAGCAGUGCAAUAAGCCGGCAUCUGGGAAGGUUGGAGGCUGCUCUGGUAUAGCAGUGAACUGUCACACAGAUGAUCAGGGCUGGAGCCAACACUCUGUAGCACCGUAGAUCAUAUUGGUCACAUACUGGAAGUUUUGUUUAUGUAACUUGGUUGCUGUUUAACCUGCUUAAAUAAUAUUGCCAUAAUGUGGAGUGGGCUUCCCAGUAGAGGCACUACUACACUUCCCACCCUUGUGCGCACACCUACCUUGAUGAUGCAGCCUUCCCUGGAUAUCAAACCCUUUAUGUCCUUCCCUGUGGACAGCAGCUCUGCUGUUGGAUUCUUCCCAAAUUUUAACACAAUGGAUCCUGUGCAAAAAGCAGUCAUAAACCAUACAUUUGGAGUGUCCAUUCCCCCAAAGAAGAAGCAAGUCAUUUCCUGUAAUGUCUGCCAGCUUCGUUUUAACUCUGAUAGCCAGGCCGAGGCCCACUACAAAGGAAGUAAACAUGCCAAGAAGGUCAAAGCACUAGAGGCAACGAAAAGCAAACCCAAAGCUGGUUCUUCCAAGGACAGCGCAAAGGUUAACACGGGCUGCUCCUCCACGCCAGUCACAGCCAGCGCCUCUGACAAAUCAGAAGAUAAAGGGAAAGAAAAACCCAACAGUGCAAGUCAGCAGUCCAAUACAGAAGUGGAUCCUUUUCUUCCCAAACCUGGAGUUGCAUCUGCAGCACCUGCCUCAUCCUCCAAGAGCACGAAUGGAGCUGCUAACACAGUUACUGAGUCAGAAGAGGAAAAAGCCAAAAAACUACUUUACUGUUCAUUAUGCAAAGUGGCUGUGAAUUCCCUUUCACAACUAGAAGCCCACAAUACAGGCUCCAAGCACAAGACCAUGGUGGAAGCUCGGAAUGGUGCUGGUCCCAUCAAGUCUUACCCUAGGCCUGGAUCCCGAAUGAAGGUGCAGAACGGCAGUAAAGGCUCAGGACUGCAGAACAAGACGUUCCAUUGUGAAAUCUGUGAUGUCCAUGUUAAUUCAGAAAUUCAGCUUAAGCAGCACAUUUCCAGCCGAAGGCAUAAGGACAGAGUUGCAGGAAAGCCUAUGAAACCUAAAUAUAGUCCUUACAACAAACUGCAGCGCAACCCAAGUAUUUUAGCAGCAAAACUCGCAUUCCAGAAGGACAUGAUUAAGCCUCUGGCCCCUGCUUUCCUCUCAUCUCCCCUGGCUGCAGCUGCAGCUGUAUCAUCAGCUCUGUCCCUCCCUCCCCGGCCCUCGGCAUCCCUGUUCCAGGCACCAGCAAUUCCGCCAGCCCUGCUGCGGCCGGCCCACGGGCCCAUCCGGGCAACGCCUGCCUCCAUACUCUUCGCACCAUACUGAUCCACUGGUGUGAAAGAGAGAUAACUGUGGCCAGUACAAAGGGUAAAGGAAAGCAGGAAAGGGGUUGAAAUUCUAAAAUGUUUCUCUUUUGCAAUGCCAUCCAGCGUGACACCUCAUCCAACCACAUUGUAAAAUCCAUCACUGACGGCACUGCGUUCCGGAGUCUAGACAACUCUGUCUUCUCUCUGUAUCUAUUUUUUUCACUAAAAUAGCGUGGUUUGCUUAAAAACUAAAUUGCUCAUAAAGUUUAUAGCAUUAAAGAUUCAUGCAUCUAUUAAUUUUUUUUUUCUUUUUUAUUUUUUCAAUUUAUAUGAUGCACCUUGGAAUCAAGGAACAUAAAAUAUUUUCCUGACAGACUUGAAAACUAGGGUCUUCCUCACUCACACCCAUGUAAAUACUUCUCUGAAAAGCAACGGGGUGUAAUCUAACGUGGAAAAAAGGAAAAGGCAGAUGAAUCAAAUGCUUGACUGCAGAUAACAUCUCAAAAAGGAAUUGCAUCCAUUUUCUUCGUGUGCUCUUGUUGACAGGGAUUUUGUGCUGUCCUAGACCCCAGUACUGGUGUAUCUUGUGUAGUACUACAGAUGUACCAUGUCUGAUUUAAUACUUUUAGUUUCUGUGCAAAUGUUUGAAAGCAAUGCAAUGCUGAAGCUUUUAAUUAUUUCUUUUGUGUCAUACUUUAUUUAGAGAAAUCAAAACUAGAAAGCCAUAUAACAUAGAGUUAAGAUUACUGCUCGUUUGCUACUUUCAUUUAACUUAUUUUUGUUGUUUCUUCACUGGUGUUGCUAAGCAAUGUUUAAAGAGAAAAAAAGCUUUUCAAUUGCACAUUGCCACAGCUCACAUGCGUUGUUCAAGAAGACAAUGGAUCCAUGUGUUUGUACGUAAAUAUCCUGUUUUCUUAAUUUCUAACUAGUUUCCUUUGUAAUGAUGCUGCAUUACAUUGUGGCUCCCUAAUGCAAUAAUGUACAGAACAUAAAAUAUUUAUAAUUGACCAUAUUCUCUGUUUACUGAAUAUAUUGCAGUAAUGUCCCACCUAUCUUCUUACCUCCCCAACCCUUUUAUAAAGGUGAAUCAAUAUGCAGUGCUCAGACUGGAGUCAUUAUGUGAUA